UUGAUUUCAAGAUGUUAUAAGUUUCUGUUCGUUCGUUUGAACUGGCGGAAGAUCGGCACAGCGGUGACUUUUGCACUGAAAAUGAAGAACGCGAAAGUCAAAGGGAGACAAUGUUUGGAACAGUUUAAUGAUCAAGGGGGGUAUUUCGAUGUUGUUGUGAGGCCAAUGCUGCAACAAGGACACGAAGGGGAAUUAUGCGGAUGGUUAAAAGAAAUGAGUUUAAUAAGGACUGUUUCUACUUGUCCGCAUCCUGAUUGCAAAGGCAGGAGUUUGGCUUGGAAUCAGGCGAGAAUUGUAGACAAAUACAGUUGGUCAUGUCCCAAUUGUACAAGAAAACAGUCUAUCAGAGAGAACUCAUUUUUCGUUGGAGUCAAAUGUGAUCUGAAAAUGUGCCUUCAAUUGAUAUUAGGAUGGUGUCAAAUGAUACCCAGCGAGCUUACUGCCAAUUAUCUAGGCAUCUUGCAUUAUAACUUUGAAACUGUGCAGAGUAAGAAAUUUUAUACAUGUGAUUUGUAUUUUGCAGAAAUAAAGAAACACGUAGUUAAGAAAGUAUAUGAGAGAUGCGAUGAAGUUUCGGAAAAUUAUGUGACCAGUCAUCCAGAGGAUUGGGUUCUAGGAGGUCAAAGUGCAAUAUUAAUUGUGGACGAAUUUCCUAAUGGCUAUAUGACUGAGAAUCCAUCUGAUAUAACUAGUGCUAAGAAACGCAACAACAAUUCUCACACGAUAGUUUGCAUAGCGGAAGCAAAUACAAUACCAACUAGAAUGUGGCUUCACAUGAUUGAAGCAUUUCCAGAGCCAGUGAAGAUAGAUAAAUCACAAGGUGAUGCUGAUAAAUGCAAAAUGGUGAAAGAGGCAUUAAAAGAGAUUGCAAAGCAUAGUGCUCCUGGUAGUUACAUCGUGGCAAAUAAUCGAGCUCGUUGUUGUAGUUUUGAAUCAUUGCAGGAAUUGAAACAGUAUAAGGUAAUUAGCGUGGAGCAGCUCCAGAAGUUUGACCCACCGGGGAAAAACAAACUUCUUAAUAAUUUAGAAACGAUUUGGCAAACUGGCGUCGAGAUUUGUGAAGAAAUUCAAGAAACUACGCACACUCUAGGACAGCGUAUAAUAUCGAAACAUUUGUGGAGACAAAGAUUCGGUACGUCUCCUUCUACCGCAUUUCAAUACAUGCUUAAUCAUAUCGCAGAAUAUUAUCGUUUUAUUUAAACUGACUCGUUACGGUAUUUUCGCCAAUUCUAGCAUAUUUUUAUACCAUGAAAAGCAAUAUCAAAUGCUAGUGAGUAAUUUCUUUUUAAACGGUAUUUCGUAAAGUAACACUCUGAAUCGAAUUAAGACAUCGUGACAUAAAAUAUUAAUUACCAUUUCAAUUGACUCCUUGUAUAUUCUCUGAAACGCGCAAGUUGCACAAAUGGCCUUGUUAGAUUUAAAAAGUGAUGUAUAUAUAUAUAUAUAUAU